AUGUCUCAAAAACAGGUCCCAAAGAGGUAACUGCUUCCAUUUUUCUUCUCGAUUUGCUCUCCCUUUCCUCAACUUUUUGUGGCCGUUUUUAAUUUUCUCCAAAAAUUUUCUUUUGUUCCAUAUUUUUUGGGGCAGAUUCAAUGCAGAGCAAACCAGCAGACGAAUCAAUUUUUGUUUUUCUUUAAAAAAAAAACAUCAAUUCCGAAUUCGAAAUAGGUAUUUUUAUUUUUGUUUCAGUACAAAAACGGAAUGGAAUAGUUUCAAAAAAACUUCUCGAAAAAUUCUUUUUGAUCAUUUUUUUCAGUUUCAGGUACCUGAUAAAUUCAAAAAAAUCCUUUCAACUUGUGAUAAUCUUCCGUACUAUAUCAAGAGGAUCAGAAACAUUUUAAAAAAAUUUUUUUCAAACACUUUUUUUCGAUGAAAUUUUUCUUAAUUAGCUUUUUUAAAACCCAAUGAUAGGUCGCCCAAAAAUUUUUUUGGUAUCCUCACUGACGAUUUUGAGCAAAUUUUAAGAUGCGUCAGUCUUUUGAAAGUUCAGAAAAAGUUGUAAUCAGCUGGAAAAAAAAUCGUUAAGCUUUAGAUUGAAGUAUUAUAGAAGGACGUUGUCCGAAAAGAAGUUUUAUCAAUAGUUUAAAAUAUUAUUCGUUUGAAUGAUAUUAAAAAAGCCAGCGGUGAUUAGAAAAUCAAAAUUUAUAGGCCUAGGACCGUUUUCAGGCUUUCUGAAGCCAGUACUAACUUUAGGAAGAUCUUUGGACAAAGUAUACUUUUGAAAAGUGGCUCAGAAAAAUAAUGAGGAGAAGAAGUGACUGACAGGGGCUAUCGAAAAUUGGUUCCGAUGUGCAACUGGCCGAGGCGAGUGAAGGCCACUGCACGAGAUCGAUUUUUGUUGUGUUGAGGGGUCGUGCGAGUACACAACCAAGCCAUCGCAUGUUCCUUACCAUUCUCGCUCGAGCUCCCUCAGGGCUCACCUCAUCUGGCUUUGGCUCACAUAUUUUGUCUUCUUCAUGUCCCAUUCCCCAUUUGUGAUCCAAGAAAAUUCAUCUUUUCCCCUUGUUUCUCGACCAAACGGCUGUUUUACAUAAUUUUAUCGAAUAUAUGAGUGAAUCAUCAUCAUCAAAGCACUUUUUACUCAGUUUACAGCAGAAUUAGUUUUAUUGAAGUGCUCUAAACUUAGAUUUCACUAAGGCUCAUAAGGAAACUCAUAAGUUUUCCGCUAUAAGUAGUUUUUUUCGUUGGUUUCUUGGCAUCGCCCGAUUUAUUAGCUUUCAAACACGCCAAAAAGCGAUUCAUUCAAAUUUUCGAGCAACAAGGCGCCUAAAGACAGAUUUUGAAAAACGUAAAUCAGGCGACUAAAAAAAUAUUCAUUGGCUUACAAGCGUCAAUUUUGCCGUGUUUUCAUCAAUUUUCACGUUCAGACUUUUUAAACAGAUAUUUAAAAUGCUCUUUUUUUCAUUCAAUGUGAAUUGAAACUUUAAGCUCAAAAAAAUUGUUUUCAAAAAAAUCCAAGCAUAAAGGUCGCGAAAAAAACUAUGAAUAAACUGAAAAUAAAUUUUUCCUGGUAAACAGAGAAUUCACCUGUUUUUUUCCUGACAAAGUUCUGAAAAACGGAACUUUUUUUAUGACAUAAAAACUCAGAAAUUUCUUUGAGAAAAAAAUCUAUAAUUUUUCUCUGGAAACAGGAGAAAGAACUUCUGUUAGAGCCAUUAUUCGAAAAAUUUGCUUCAAACUCAGGCUUCGCCUCUUUUUUUGGGCUUUUCUGCUUUCUGAAACCUUUUAAAAAUUGUUUACGGUGGUUCCCUUCCGAAAACAUGGAUUAUAAAAUUCCUCUCUACAAGGCAAACAAGUUUUUUUUUUGUUUAAUCUAGUGCAAGGCUUUUCGAACUUCAUUUGCACUUCAACUUUCAAAUUCCACAUGACGAUUUUUUUUAUUCAGUUCAGUUCCCAGUUUCGAACCUUCUUUGAAGUCAUUUCCUUGAUAAAUAAAAUAAUUGUGUCGGGAUGUGCUGGCUGUCGUUCUUGCUCAAUUAAAAAUGUCCGAACGGCGUAAACAACCGGAAGAAAAAAAGAUAUCUCAUUUCAGGAUGAGCAACGUUGGUGAACAAGUCUCGAAAACAGUUGAAUCGGCGAAAGAAACGGUCGCCAAGGCUGGAGAAGCCGUGUCGGACUUUUUCCAAGGAAACCCCUUCUCUACUCCCGUCGGCAGGAAAAUUGGUUCGUGAUCUUUUUGUUUCAAAUUAACACUUUUCAUGAGAUAUCCCAUGAUUUUUCAAGCAGCUUGAGAUUUUAUAGUUCACUUGUGAAAAAUCUUCAGUCAUAAGCUUCAGAGAUGAUUUAAGAACCGAGUUCCAGUCGUUCUUGUGGAUUUGUUCAAAAUUUUCUAUCAGAGCUUAUGCAGAAACAAUGGCCAAAUAAAAAUUGGUCCUCAGGCAGAAAAAAACUUUUUUUUAGUUGUCUAUCCUUAAACUGUAAAAAUUUCAAAUAGCGUUGAGAGACUUCUUCAAUUCGAUUUUUCAAGGAUUUUUCUUCCUUUUUUUCAGCAGUUAAGAACCAAAUCUCAUUAUUAAAUUCACUUUCUGUUCCUUUUAAAUAACCCCAAUAAGCUUCUGCGAAUCGAUAGUUCCUUCAAGAAUAUUUCAAGAACCUUGCAAAUAGAACAAAAAAAUCAUUCCGCCUCAAAAGGAAUUACUCUGCUCCGAUGUUCCCUGCAAACGGAGAAAUUUCUCGGCUGAGCAUGGGACUGCAAUUAAUAAAUAAUGAGUAAUCGGAUUCACAUGUGACCUAUUAGGGUUCGGAACGAGUUUUCUGCAGAACUGAUCGAAGAGCAGUCGUAUUUUCUUGAAAAAAUAGGAAGAAUUCAGAAAAAAUUCAGAAAUUUUCCCUUCAAAUUCGUAAUUUUGAGGCAAAUUCUACAUUAAACUCACAUUUUUCUUUUUUGGUUAUUUUUUUAUGAACAGCAGGAGACAUUUUUGUAGUCUGGCCUUUUGUUCCUUCUACAAGAACUCUGGAAAAUUGUGUUUCUUCUUUUUCAACCUGACCUUUUUUGGUUAAAAGCCACGAUUUUUGAGGGCAUUUUUCAAAAUAAACUGAUCAAAAAAGUGCAAAAAAGGGCAGUGAAUGUUUCUUGAAUUCAUCUGAAACUUGAGGAAAAUAAAGAAUUUUUUUGUAAAAAACUGUCUUUUUUUCAUUAUUCAAAUUGAACCUUUGAUUCCUAUAUAUUUAUUGAUUUUUUCCACACCAAAAGUCCGGUUAACAAGGUCGAAAUCUUGAAUUAUCGAGUAUGCAGUGCAAUUUCAACGCUGCAAAGCCACGUAGGCAUUACGAGGGACCGGUUAUCUGGACACCAAAAAACGGAGAAAAAAGAGAUUGUAUGGGGUCGACCGAGAAACUUCUUUCUUUGAUGACUUACCUUCGCUUCCGUAUCUUUGAGAUAGCCAUCUCGAAGGUCGCCCUUGAUCUAAUCAAUGAAAUAGAGAGUUGUCGCAAUAACCUCAAUUGCGCAGUUUUUUGGAGACAAAGUGUGGCCAUUUUAAAUUGAGAAGGAUUUCAAGAUCUCAUGAAAAAAAAUCUAAAUUUUUAAGAUGCCUAUGUUAAAAAAAUAUCCAUUCCAUACACAAGUUAAGAAAAACAAUGAAUUUAAAAUAUUUGAUACAUUUUUCAUGGUGAUAGCUUCCCAUAGUAGCUGGACUUUAUUCUGUCAAGAGACAGCAAUAAAAUGACUAUGAUUUACCCUCACCAAAAAGUUUUCAUGACAAUUUUUACUUGCAGAACUCGCCACGGACGCGAAUGUACUGGCGACCGAAAAUUGGGGUCUCAAUAUGGAGAUUUGCGAUUUUAUCAACGGUCAUGAAGACGGGUGAGUACUGAAGAAAAAAAUGGAGUUAAAAGACGCUUUUGGAAGGCAAUUUUAAAUUGUAGUAAUAUUUGGCUUUGCUAAGAUUUGGUCCCUAAAGGUCUCAAAAACCAAAAAAAAAGUGGUUUUAAAUUUUCUAGAGUUCAUCCUUUUUAACAAAAACAAGAUUUUCUCUAUUUUCAUUGAUUAUUGAUUAGUUUCUCACCUUUUUCAGAGCCCGAGACGCCGUUCGAGCAAUCAAAAAGCGUCUCCAAUCGAACAUGUCGCGGAACAACGCCGUCGUCAUGUACACCUUGACCGUCUUGGAAACAUGUGUCAAAAACUGUGAUCGUCGUUUCCACUUUCUUGUCUGCUCCAAGGAUUUCGCCCAGGAGAUGGUCAAGCUUAUCGGAUCGAAGUUUGACGCUCCGCAAAUUAUCCAGGAACGAGUUCUGGGUCUCAUCCAGGUGAGAAGUUGUUUUAAGGGCAGAAAAAAAUGCCCGAUUGAAAAAAACUCAUAUAAUGUAUAUUAUUUUCAUGAAGUUCACACUCAAGAUUGACUUCAAAAAAAUCCUUUUUCAAAGCCAAGGUUUUUGUUAAAUUGUACAGAGGAAAAAUGUUGAAUGCUUUUUUUUCAACACAACAUCACAAUUUUUUGUAGCGUGGUUGUUAUCUCCAAGAAUCUUGAAAGAAUUGUAGUAUUUUUUGCAUUCAUGUUAAAAGUCAGCUCCUUCCAGUUAUGGUGAACGUACUAAAAUCGCAUUUUCUGGGAAUCAAAUUUUUUCGUUGCCUGGCAACCGCGGUGAUUGGUGUACUUAAAAGACCUUCUUUUUUAUGUCAACUUGAAGACCUUUGAGGUUUUGUUUCCAUAGUGAUUUAUCUGAUUGUUUCUAGAAAGGUUUCGUGAUAAAAAUUAAUAGGCUGAUGAAAAAAAAAUUGAAAGAAAAAAAUAAAAAGAGAAAAAUCGCCGAUUUUAUCACCAGUGCGGUUUCAUAAUCUAUCUUUUUGAAAAGUGAAUAGUUUCAGAAUAAAACCAAAUUAGUAUUUUUUUAAAGGGUUAUCAGCUUGUUGGACAGGUUUUCUGAAUUUUGGAUUUUUUCUAUUUUAGUCUUCUCAAGGCUGACUUGGAAAGAAAACUACUUGGGACUUGGAGUUUGGGAGAAAAUACAAAAAAAGGCUAUUGACUUCAUAGUUUUGGUUUUUUUGCAUGUGGAGUCGCUCAUAAAUUACUCCCGAAACUAUUUUAUAACCAACAAAAUUAAUAUUCGACUUUUAACUCAAAAAAGAUCUAUUAAUUCAAAAGUUCGAACAAUAUUCUAUAAUAAAUGCCAAGAAACCAGAAGCCAAAACUCGGAAAACAAGUCCUCGCAGCUGGAAAAUUGCCUAAGCUCAGCGCUGACCUCGUUCCUACGAAUGUAUGUGCGCCGUUUCUUUUUUGCAAUUGGAACACUCGGACAAGGAAAAGUUGUGUGACGCGAAACCGCAAAAACAUCGUUGAGAAAAGGAAAAGAGGGUCGAGACGUGUCUUUUCUUCAUGUGGAUGGUGCGCGGCAGGAAAUUUGUCCGACUUAGGGUCGAUUUAUGACAUUUCCUAGUUGAAACAUGGAAUCGAGAGACGUCUCCUCAUAAAUUAUUGAUUUUAUAGGGCUGUUAUAAAUCAUUUUGCGAUAAAGACGACAGAUAGAAAAUGAUAUAAUUUUUUUAAAAAAAGAACUAAUUUAAAAAGGAAGUUUUUACAUUUUCAAAGUGAAUUUUCAGCAAAAUACUAAAAAUUUCUAACAGACUGUUUUUGAACAACUGAAUUUUGAGAUAAAAAUAAACCUAAUUAUCCUGUUUCAGGCCUGGGCCGACGCCUUCCGAAGCGAUCCGGAUCUCCAAGGAGUUGUUCAAGUUUACGAAGACCUGAAAGGAAAAGGCGUUCUCUUCCCGGCUUCUGAUUUGGAUUCCUUGGCGCCGAUCAAAACCCCCAAACGAGUAAGUUUUGAAGAAUUCAUUGUCUUGGUUCGGGCGCUUUUUUGUGGAUUUUGCAAUGAAGGUGCCCUGAAAAACCUCUGAAACCACUUUUGAAAAAAAGGGUAGUGAUUUCUGCUGUAAUGCUCGCAAAUUCAUUGAACAAAACUCAAAAAUCGCUUGGCAUUUAUCCCAAACUUGAAAAAAAGCUUCUACGUGAUUGUGGUUGUGAAAUUGAUCGUUGUGUUGUAGACUGUGUUCACAACUCCGGCUCCAGUUGCUCCAGCUCCAAGUGCCUACCAACAAGUGGUCAGAAUUGCUUUUUUCACAAAACUUCGAAAAUGAUCCAGAUAGCUCUGAAAGGAAUCAAAACUUCUUUUCAGAACUAUGACGUCCUUCCGAUCCGAGAGCAAGGUCAGGAGCCAAUCAAUGCGACGCCUGAGCAGCUCACGAAACUCCGAGCUGAUCUGGAUAUUGUCAAUGGAAAUCUUAAGGUUAGUAGUUGUAUUGACAGCGAUUUCAGCUUAUUAAAACUUGAAAUCUUCGAAAGUGUGGAGCCGAGAAAUCUUUAAGAAGCAAAUUUACGGCAAAAAUUGGCUCUGACGGAGUUUUGGUUACUUUGUUAAGCCUCUGUUUUUACAUCUUUUUUGAUACGAGUUAUUUCCGCGGUUUUCUUAUAUUUUAGUAAGGAGCUGGGGGAAAAUUUUGUUUUGACUUGAGAAGUUUUUCAAAAGUUUCUCGGAGAUGUCAACAAUGCGGCCAUUAGUAUCUCCUCUAUAGAAUCCGCCAUUUUGCGUCUUAGUGAUCUCUAUAGUAGUUAUCUUAGUUACUACUUAUUCGGCUACUAGAGAGGCAGCUACAAUGUCGAAACCCUGAAGUGAUUAUUGGAAAUUUUCUCAAAACAGUGAAAAACUAACUAAUAAAACAUACAGUUUUUCCGCGAAGCACUCAUUCGACGUCUAAUAUGGCACUAAAACGUUAAACCCCUUAAGUUGCCACUAAAGCCACUAUUCUGCUUCUCAGUGGCCACUAUAAUAGCUUCCAUAGUGACUAAUAAUUCGACUACUACAGGACUAAAAUGUCAUAACCCUAAAGUGGCCACUAAAAAUGUACUUACGACGUAAAAAAAUUAACGAGAAAAAAUUCAGGUAUUCCGCGAAGCUCUGGCCGACAUCGUUCCUCGCAAAGAAACUGGGGACGAGCUGCAGCUCCUGGCUGAUCUCUACGCAUCUUGCAAGAAGAUGCAACAGCGAGUUUUGGAUCUGAUCCGUUAUUUGAGCAACGAAGAAGUCACUUGUAAGCAAUGUUUAUUACAAAUUUAAUCAGAAUCGAUAGUUUUACAGACGAGUUGCUCAUGCUCAACGAUUCUUUCAACAACACUUUUGAAAAAUACGAGCGAUACAUGGCGAAUCGUCAGAAGGAAGAAGGAGCUGCACCUCCUGUCGGUCAUGCCAGUGUUGGGGACCUCAUCGACAUUGGUCAGGAACAUCGGUCUCUUGGCGAACAGCUUUCUGCGCUCAGUGAGGGAUUUUUUUCUAUAUUCCAGCUUGAGAAUUUUUAACUUAGGAAAAGUGAUCUCAAAAAAAUGUUAUUUUAUAACUUCGAUAUUACUAAAGUAAGCGCGAGAGGUUUAAAUGAAUCAAAAGUAUUAGAACAAAUUCGAUUUCAAAAGAAUAAAACUUUGAUUGAAAACAUCUAAGAAGUGCGUCAAUACUUCUGAUUCACUUUUUAAAAUUUCAAAAAAAUGAGAGAUGAAAAAAAUUCAAUUUUUCCAUGCACAUUAAUAUUGCAGUUCCCAACCUUUUUUUCAUUUCUUCUAGUUAAUAAUUUCUUUUUUUCCAGAAGUUUCCUCCGCAAACGGAUCCAUCGGAGGAGCGACUUCCUCUUCUUCCAAAGACACCUACAAAGCCAAUAGUGAGCCUCAGGCUGGAGUCGGUCUUGCUCAAGCCGUUCAUGCCAAGGUACAGCUCGCAGGCUUCAUUUUUUUAAAUCAAAAUUUCAGAUCCCGACUGACAAUGAAGCAGCCGAGAUGGCUCAGUGGCUUGAAGUCCAGGAGAAGCCUAGUAAGAACUCAGAAAAUUCACAAAAUUGAACUUUUUUUUCUCAGAGCCCAAGACCAAGGAAGAGGAAGAGAACGAGAAGCUGUGA